GUGGUGGUGGUGGUAGUAGUGGUAGAGUAACACCAGCAGCAACAUGGGGAGGUCCUCUCCUCCUCUUCUUCCUCUCAUCUACGUUACUUUCUGCAGUAUUUUCUUGUGGUUGUGUGUGUCAGGUGAACCUCUGAGACAUAAUGAAGAUCUGAGCAGCUCUGACAUGUGUCUCCCUCACUCUGCCAGGGUUAAUUGUUCUUAUUUGCCCUUGGAAUUCCUUGAAUGCGAUAAACCUACAGAUCACCGUGGUAACCAGUCAGCCCGUGAUGAUGAAGGUCAUGGUUGUGUAAAGUUUGGAGGGCAGAGAUUUGAGGAUGUGGAAAUCACCAAAGUGUGGUGUUCUGUAUUGGAUGGAAUUGAUUGCUGUGGUGAAAGAAAGUUCCUCCGUGAUGGCUUUCCAUGCAUUAAGUACAGUGGACAUUACUUUGUGACAACACUCAUCUAUAGUGUUUUGCUGGGUUUUCUGGGCAUGGACCGAUUUUGUCUGGGACAAACUGGAACAGCUGUGGGGAAACUUUUGACUAUGGGAGGUGUUGGAAUCUGGUGGAUUGUUGACAUAGUCCUCUUAAUUACAGGAUCACUGACACCAGAAGAUGGCAGUAAUUGGAACCCAUAUGUGUGAAGGUUGAAAUUUGUAAAAUUCUCCUCGUGUGAUCGGUAGCAUUCUGUAAUUUUUUUUUCUAUAAUUUUUAUUUACUGUACAUGCAAGCAUCAACCAGGAAUAUACAAGUAUCAUACCACUGUAACUUAAGAACAGUUUAGGACAACCUGCAACAUGGCAUCAGUAACAUAUAAUAAUGCUAAAAAGUACCGCUUUUUGGGCCAGGAGGAAGAGGGGCCAGAAGAACCUAAAACUUGUACCCUUCGUGAAAAAAUGUUGAAGGAACUUGUUAAGAAGCAAAUGUCCACCCACAUAUCUUUGGAACAACAGUUGAACAAACAGAGAGAUUUUGUCAGAACAACAGCUGAAGAAUCAAUUACAGCUAGUACCAGUGGCUUAGCAUCAUAUGAAGAUUACAAAAAUUUAGAAUUAUUCAUUAAUGUAAAGCAGGUUUUAAGGUCAAGUGGACUUUCAGAUGCAGAAAUCCAUCUUCUCUUGAAUGAAGAUACUGAUAACUCAUCACUGGAGGCUCCUCACGCUAGAGGAGAAAGACUUAAAGCAAUAGAGGAUAAGUUAUUAAAACGACAAAAACAGCUUGAGUCAUUUAAAGACAAACUUGAACAUUUCAAUGGAGCAGUUCCUUUGAACCGACAUGAAUUUGAAGAAGAGUGUAGUGUCGUUCCAAGUAGAGUUGAAGCUGACAAACUUACUGCCUGCCUUGUGCGCCUGCAACCACAUCAAGAUGAGACCAUUCCAGCAAAUCAUCCUAUUAACCACCUUAAACAUUUGGCAGAAGAGCUAUUUCCAAGUGAUACAGUAAGUCGAGAUGACGUUCUACCACAGAAACGUAAGUUUAAAAAGUCAUAUCUAGAAGGCUCUUCAGUGAAAAAGAAAGGGAAGGAGCACUCGAAUAUGUCUUUCUUACCAGAAAACCCAAAGUCUUUGUGGGACAUGAAAGAAAUGCCUAAGUUAAUUGGCAAGAAUAAGAGUGAUGUUGAAAGGCCAGCCACAUCAUGCAUUUUACCAAAAGAUAAAUUUGUAGAUAUUAAAUGUAAUGCAUUCACAAUAAAUACAGAGAACAAGUCAUCGACUGGAACUCGCAGCAAACCUUUUGUUUUGACGCUUAAUUCUAGUGAUCUCAUACCAUUAGAAACUAUAAAAUUAAACAGAAAAAACAUUGAUGAGCUUAGGAAUCUGGAUAAAUUUAAAAAUCUCAAUCCAGGGAAGCCAUCGUCUACAUUAUAUAUAAAAAACUUGUCUAACAAAACCUCGUCUCAUGACUUAGCAUCCAUUAUGGGACAUUUUGAAUCUAACAUUGGCCCUAAAAUAAUAUAUAGGAUUUUAGGUGGUCGCAUGAAAGGGCAAGCAUUUGUUACAUUCGAGAAUGAAGAGAUUGCAACAAAUGCCCUUAAUACUUGUAAUGGUUAUAUGUUGCAUGAUAAGCCUAUUGUAAUUGAAUAUGGAAAAAAGUAAUGUAACAUUAAUUCUGCAAUUGUGUUGAAAUGAAAAGGUUAAAAGAGCCAUUAAAUGUGUUGAGAAAUUUUGGCACUGAGUGCCUUAACAAGAAUGUCACCCUCCUUGGCAGCAAGUACUGUAGGUAUGUACACCCAUGUCUUAAUUAACAGAACCAGUUGUGAGUAACUGCAAAGCUUGGACUAUGAGUUUUGUCAUCCUUGCUUAAACAUUAUAAUAUGACUCAAACACUAGCAAUGCCAAAUCCAUUCCUUGAGACAGGACAUGUGUUUCUAUAUGCAGUGGACAUAUAACAAUAGUGUACAAUAAAUGUAUGAAAAAAUUAUAAUGUGUGUUGUACAAGGAGUGUAAUUGUACAGAAAAUGUACAUACAGGUACACAUUCAUGCUAUUCACAUAUCUUCACACAUAUAUAAAUACGUACUGCACUUUAAUAUUUUCACACCAUUUAUCACUGGUAUUGUAAGCAGAGCAAUUCUGUCAGCACAUUCUAUAUUUACACGUAUUGUUAAAUACAUUGACUUAUUUUUUCAACACACCAGCAGUCUCCCACUGAGGCUGGGUGACCCUAAAAGAAGAAACAAGUUUCCUCUUAUUACAUUUAGUAAUUUAUACAGAAGUGGUUACCAACCCCUUGCUCCUGGCAUUUUAGUCUCCUCUUAUGAUAUGCACGGCUUAUGGAGGAAGGAUUCUUCUCCACCUCCCUAUGGAGGCAUUUACAUACUUAUUACUUUUACUUAAUACUAUCAGCCCUUAUGGUUUAGCACUUCUUUUUUUAUUAUAAUAAUACUUAAUACUAUCUCUCAGUACAUGCAGUCUGUAACAUCAAAGAUCAACUCUGCACCAUGAUAUCUUUGGACUCGGUUAUUGUACUUCGGAUAAUCAAGACAGUGCUAGUGUUAAGAUAUGGCUUUGUUGAGUUCAGAGUUUUUAUCUACUCCCAGAGCCUGGCCAUGGGCCAGGCUCAUCUUGUGCUUGCCUGGUCAGCCAGUCUGUAUAUUAUUAGGCAAUUUUCCAAAUACAAUUACCCAAUUUCAUAAUAGUAUAUGUCGCACUGAUGCCUCGUGAGACAGCACAGUCGAGAAUCCUUCAUCUGAAAUGCUUGAGACUAGAAGUCUUUUGGAUUUUUUCUGAUUUUGGAAUAUUUGUAUAUUUGCAUCUAUACAAUGGGUCAGCUUGGGGAUGGGACCCCAAGUCUAAACAGGAUACUGUAUUGUACAGGUAUUGUACCAAAUAAACAUUAUCACUGCUUACAAAAAGAAGAUAAAUGCCCUCCAUAUCUGACUGGUUAAGUUUUGGAAAAAGUUUUCCUCAAACAAGUUGAAUUUACUUGAACCAGUGCUAAAAACCCAUUACUAUAUUUAUGUGAGACAGCACUAAAAAAUGCUCUAACAUGAUUAGUUACAAAAAUAUCAUAUUAUGCAUUGCUCUCGCUCUCCAGUAUACAGGAGAUUGUUCUUGAUCUGUUAACCCCUAAAUUGUCCAAAUGCAUAUAUAUACGUUCUCUCGCAUAGCACCCUGAAUUUUUUGAGAAAAAAAAAUUGUUUUUUUUUUUUUAAUAGGAAAAAAGAGCAUACGGUACCCAGGCAUUCCCCAUUUUUUCAUGUGGCGCAUAGUGAGUGCGCACACCCAUUCUCUUAUGUCUAGGCGACUCAGGCUUUUUGUGCCAAUGUUGAAUGAAUGACAAAGGAAAUGUAUACAUACGUUUGGGGCGCUACGCAAGAGAACAUAUACGUAUAUAUGUUUGGACCAUUUAAGGGUUAAAUCCCAGUCAGUCCUCUCUUCCUCAGCAUGUAGCUCUGUCUUUAAAGUUUAUUGAUUUUACUUUUUAAUAAGUAGUACAGUAUGUACAUUUACUGUUAUGCAGGAAACUGCAUUAUUUUAAUAGUAAUUGCAUAAAUAAUGUCAGCACAGUAGUGAACACGUAUUAGACAAGUGACGUGAUUAGUGUCCUUUGGAGUAUUGACAAAAAUUGAAUAUUUCUGCUACUGUGAACUCAAUUUCAAGCUACUUACAAUCCUCAAACCAUUCAAAAUCAUCUCUAUUUCUGUAAUAUAUCUCCCAUUUUUUCAAAUAAUACCAAGAAAACUAUACAAAAGUACACUGCAAGGUCACUAUUUUUAACCACACACAUGGUCAGUUUUGUUUUUCUAUCAUGUACUUCAUCUACCUGGAGUCUCUCUGGAGGGUAUUCCGGGGAUCAACGCCCCUGUGGCCCGGUCCACGACCAGGCCUCCCGGUGGAUCAGGGCCUGAUCAACGAGGCUGUUACUGCUGGCUGCACGCAGUCCAAUGUAUGACCCACAGCCCGGCUGACCCGCCACCCACUUUAAGUAUCUCUCCAGCUCCCUCUUGAAGAUAACCAGGGGUUGUCUGGUAAUGCCCCUUAUUGCUGGUGGGAGGCUGUUGAACAGUCUUGGGCUCCAGACACUUACUGCGUUUGCUUUUAGUGUACCAGUGACACCCCUACUUUUCACUGGGGGUAUGUUGCAUCGCCUUCCAAGUCUUUUGCUUUCAUAUGGAGUGAUUUCUGUGUGCAUAUUAGGGACCAGUCCUUCCAGAACCUUCCAGGUGUAGACUACGAUAUAUCGCUCUCACCUGCGCAUGGGGAAUGGGGUAUGAUGUUUUUUGAUACAGUGCACACUCAGCACACACCCAUUCUCUCAUAUCUAGGCCAAAAUUUACUGCUCACAGCUUAUCUGAGUGAGCUGAGCUCAUCACAUAGUACUGUGGGAUGGAGUCUAAGCUCAAGCUAUAGCACAACGGCACUUACCCCAAAAAGGUUAAUAUAAAGAUCGUUUGAAGUGAGUAAAAAUGUUAUUACCGGGUUGUUUGAUGGUAAGCAGGUGAAUUAGCCAACUGAUACUACCGUAGUUCACCUAACUCCACCUGGUUUACCUUAGCCUACCGCUGCUAAGCGCCAUCAAAUUUUAAGAUUAUUUGUGAUUUUUUUUUCAUUAUUUUAUACAAAAUGGUUUAAACUAUUCAUUAUUGGGUCAUAGACAAGAGCAUAGAUUACUGUCUAGUAUUGAAACACUUCUUUAGACUUAGGUUGAGGCCUAUGAGCAAUGUAAUCUUCAGCCUCCAAAAUGCUGGGUAAAUUUUAGGUUCUUAUUUUGGAAAAAAAUAGUGUUUACAUUACCAUAAAAUAUGGUAAUUGCUGCUGACAACAAACUGGCACUAGUACAAACAUGAAGCUGGUCUGUCUGUGCCCAACAGAUGGAGGAUUGAGCCGCUACCAUGUCUUGCACUGUAUGAGCCAUUUUUGGCACAUCAUGUCAACACUAAAAACUUUAGGAUUUUGGAGGUUUUCAGAUUUUGAAAUUUCAGAUAAAGGAUUCUGUACUGUACUGUACUGUAGCAUCCGUGAAAAUAAGUGACCAAACCUGAUAAGCAUUGUUUUUUCUAUAUUUUACAUUUUUGUAUACUGUGCACAAUAACAUUUACAAAUUGUGUAGUAGAUUUCUUUGAAUUUUUUAUCUGGGAACCAAAAAGAUUGUUUAUAUACAGUACGUACGUAUAUCUAUUUUACUGUUAAAUAUAAGUAGCAAAUAAUAAACUUUUGUAAAAA